AUGCCCCAUGGACACCGGCCUAGCUCUACUCAUAAGCGCAAGAAAGCAAAACUUGGUUCUCAGGACACCGAGUUACCACCCGGUCAGAGUGGAAAUCUGAAUGCAAAUGCACACGUUCAACCCCGAGUUCCCAACAGAACCUUCAGGGAAAGGCUUCUAUCUAUGGAACGGCAACUUCUCUCGUCCUCUGAUACCGCCACUGGCUUAGGAAAUGGUAACCAGCAACCCAUCAACACCAUGCCAGGCGAUUCCUCUGAGGUGAAAAUUGAGUCUGACCAUGGCACCAAACGCAAACGUACCGACCGCACAGGCAACUUCUAUGAUACUCUCAAUUUCGAACCGUCCUAUCUCCAAACCAGAACCACAAGCGCCAUAGAGAUGUUCCGAGACAUCCAAGAAGGCAAGAUACUGGGCACCAAACUCCCAUCUACCCCCCUCGAAGGCCCCAGCAACUACAUGGCAUGGUAUGUUAACAUCAAACUCUCACUACGCCAGCAUGGUGUAUGGCCGGUCAUCUCCGGACUUGAACGUUUGGAUGAGGGUCAUCCACUAUAUGUGUGGUAUGAACGAAUGAUCUAUCAUGCCAUGACCCUGAUCUGGCUCAGUGUCUCUGAUGGGUUCAAGGAGCAGUACCCUCAUUUCGGGGAAGCUUUGAUGCACGACGGAGGUCCUGAUUGGGAUCAUUCUGGCGAUCCUGGUCUUGCUCUUACUCUCAUUGGGGAUGUGUGUCGGAAUCCGGACUAUACACGUGAUCGCCGCAAUGAUUUGACUGAGGAAGAAGACGAUGAUUAUACAGUGAUAGUUAGGUAA